AUGGCGCUUCUCGGGGCGCCAUCACCUCGCCCUGGGUCGCUCGCAUCCAUCCGCGUCUCAGCCUUGUUGGCCUUCGGCGCUCCUGCCGUCGCCGCGCCGGCCCGUGCUUGCUUCAGCAGGCCGAAUCGUUCGCUCGUAUCCACAGCCGCCACGCCCGCCAACGACCGUUUCGAAUCAGCACAGCUUACCAAUGCGAUCCAGCAGAUCGACAAGCCCAGCAGACCCCAGCAGUACAAGGAUGUGGUGCUGAGCAGCCUGCCGCCCACCGCCACGCCCUCCGACAUCCGCUCGCUCGCCCUCGGCAAGACCAGAAACGAUCUCGCCCGCAUCGAAUUCCUCUACACCAAGUCCAUGCGUCCGUCCGGCAGAGCCAUCGCAUCUUUCUCCAACGCCGGCCACGCACGCACCUUCGAGGAAACCGUGCAGGGACGCAUCCUCGGCGGGCGCCAGGUCCAAGCGCGCCUCCAGUCCGCAGAACGUCGCGACGCCUUCCUCCAGUCCCACUAUGCCUCCUGGCCCUGGCACUAUCAGCUCCCGCUCGACCUCAUCGAGUACGAGCGUGGCACCCUCGUGCUCCUCCGCAACAUCCCCCAGGACACGUUUGAAGCGCGCCUCGAAGAACGCCUCGCCUCCCGCUACGACCUUCGCCAGCAGGACCGAUGGCGUGGCAAGCGCACCGCAUACCCCGGCUAUUUUCACGACAAGAAGGGCUACGGAGGCUCGCACGACGUCGUCCUCGGCGGCGUGCUCAAACUGCCCAAGGCCCAUCCUGACGCAACCACCACCUCCUUUAUCGUCCGUUGCCAGUCCGCUUUCGAGGCGAAUCGCCUCGUGCGCAGGUGGCACAACACCUACUUUGCGCCGGCCACCUUCGACAUCCAAGACACCGCCGGCCGAUACCGCGUCGCCGCCUCCGUCCUCUACUGA